GGGAGCCCCUCCCUCCGCAAACAUUAAGAAGAAAAAAAAAAAACAAUUUCAAAGAAGGAAAGAGAAAAAAAAAUAAAGAAAGAGAAAAAGAGGGGGGAAAAAGAAAAACAAGAAAUCAAAAACAAAAAAGAUGUUGUCGAAAGAAUCGGGAGGACCGAACAACAACUUCGACCUUCCCGAGGAAGUGCUGGAAGUACUGCCGCCGGAUCCAUUUGAACAGCUGGAUGUGGCACGCAAAAUCACCUCCAUUGCCCUUUCGACACGUGUCUCUUCCCUCGAAUCAGAGGCGUCUGUUCUCCGUCACAAGCUCACCGAGAAGGACGCCAUCAUCGCCGACCUUCAGUCCCAGCUUCAGUCCCUCGAUGCCGCCCUUUCCGACGCUUCCGACAAACUCACCCUCGCUGACCGAGAAAAGGAGAAACUGUUGAAGGAGAAUGAGACGCUAACGAACACUGUGAAAAAGCUUAACCGCGAUGUUGCUAAGUUGGAAGCCUUCAGAAAGACACUCGUGCGAUCGCUCCAAGAUGAUGAAGACCAUUCUGCAGCUGCAGCUGGUCUUCCUGUUGCUGGCGUGCAAGCAAGAAGCCAAGCAGGAGAUGAUGCUUCCUUGCCACCUACAAGAACUUCUUCAAUGCAAAGUCAAUUUUCUGACAUUGGAAACUCAUGUCGGGAGGAUAAUGAUACUGAAGCCUCAAGGCCCCGCAUAUCACCUGGAUUGCUGUUAGCAUCCCAAACUAACACCCCUCGGCUUACUCCUCCUGGUUCCCCUCCGAGUCUAUCCGCAUCUGUUUCUCCAACACGGACUCCGAAACCUUUGUCUCCAAGGAGACAUUCGAUUUCAUUUUCAACCACAAGGGGCGUGUUUGAUGACCGGUCUUCUGCAUUUCCUAUGCCUGCAAGCCAGCAUAGCUCAAUGUCUGGCUUGGAUACAGGAUCACAAUCUGGAGCCGUUUGUCAUACGAACAGUUUGGGGCAUUUCUGGCAAAUGUUAAGGAACUGAAUUCCCACAAGCAAACGAAAGAGGAAACAUUGCAGAAGGCUGAUGAGAUAUUUGGCCCAGAAAACAAAGAUCUUUAUGCUAUCUUUGAGGGGUUAAUUACUCGUAAUGUCCAUUGAAAAGAAAGAAGCUGAAUGUAUCUAAGGCCACGAAGCAUUUGUUUGUUCCACACGCAGCUUCUCAUGUAGACCUUGUUGCAGACUGCAGAGUACGAGUCAACUUUUUGUGCGAUUCUGUAAAACAUUAUGCACAGAAUGGGCAACAGGUGCAUAAUUGCACCUCUGAUGUUGAUAAUUACAAUGUACUAUAUUGUUUUUUUCUUUGUGAAGGAAAGCAAACAGCUUCCGGCAAUGUAGUUUUAUUGGGGAACGUUUACAAGUUCUCUUGUAGGACGAGGGAUGCUUCUCUUAUAUAUACAGAUUCAUGCAAUGAAAAUCCCGUAUAUGUUUUAUGCA